UUUAGGGCCGGGUUGCACUUAUCCUAAGCUAUCCGAAAGGAAUUCCUGCAGAAAGGGAAUGAAAUAUCUAGAGAAUGUUCUUCAUCUCCUCCAUGAACCCAUAACCCCAAAUCAAAAGAUCGAGUAAUCCUUUUAGAACUGCUAACCUUGCAUUGAUGAAUCCAACCUUGACAACUCAUUGUACUCGUUAAUUAAACCCAUGCAGGGUACUAAAUAGAGUUCCACAAGUAACAAUCUCAUCCUAAUCCAUUUUCUUUUUGCUCCAUAUAUCCAAUCUUUCCUUUAAUUUACUAACCUCUUUGAAAAGACUCUAUUUGCUGCUUUUGGCAAUGUGUAUCGGAUCUUUUUACAUAUUAUUCGCAUGCAGCCAUUAGUUCUACAGGUUUUAAGAAAGAACAGAUCUAGCUAGCUAGGACUGUUGUCCAGAUCUUCUCUUCCUGUUGUGAUUUCUAUAAUAUUAUUUACUGUUCCUUUUUUUUUUGUUCUCUUUUCAAACCCAGAAAAAGGAGAUCGAGAACCUUAUCUCAUGUAACAGUUAUGGAUUUGUUUAUCCGUUACAUUCUUAAAUGAUGGCUCGAUAUGUAUAUGUAACCGGUUGGUGUGCUCUGGUCGUCAUCCGAAUUAAAAGAGGCAUAUAAUUAAUUAAGGUUAAGUGUCAUGAUUAGGAUAUUGUCAUAUCCUUCCAGCGUGCUUUGCUAAUGAUUAGAAGAUCAACAUAUUAAUGUUAUCUUAUAUCCUUCGACUGUUCAUCGUGAUAAGCAACCUCUUUUUGAACAUAAGAGGGCCCCAAUUAAGUAUAUCAUCAUAUGGGUUAUGUACACAGUAUCUAGGACAGCCACCUCUAAUAUUCUAGUUCUGGUGGAUGGUUCUAGUUAAUUCCAAUCAAUCAAGAUGGACAUCAGGCAUAAUGAUUAUAGUCCAUAGAGUUGGUCUAAUGGUGUGUAUGUAGGAUGAAGACCAACAAACCUUGUGUUUGAAUCUUAGGUCAAUUCAUCAAGAACUCGAUAUUGGACUAAUAAGAAAUUAAGUAAAGUAGUGUGACGACUCAAAUUACAAGAUUCUUGCCAAUGAUGAUUUAGUCUAGUAGUACUAUUGUUAGUUUUCAACUUAAGAAUUAAUUUCUUCAUCAUGAAGGGUAAGGUUAUGGAUUCUGUUAGAAAAUUGAGUCCGGUUCGAAAAUUGGGUCUCCUCGAUCAAUGAAUUUCCAUAGUCAACAACUAUGAAUAGAGCACUCUUACGAAUCCUAGUACGUUGAGGUUCAUGUGUUAAGACUCCUCAAUAGGAAUUUGUCAAGAACCAGUUGGUCACAACAAUUUGAAUUGUUUGGGAGAGGUUUCAUGCAUGUAUGAAUCUUAACCACUUCCUUUCCUUAUACACCCUUUAAAACAAAAAUGAAUUCAUGGGUUUGAAGUAUACACAUAACAGUUAUACCAUGUGUUUUUAAAUGUAGUGUUAAUAUUGGGGGCACGAGGACCUGAACACGUCACCUCAAUGACAAACCAACUCUGAUAUCGUGUCAUAAACCACUUGAUCCCAAUAACUUGAGUUGAUGGAUGAGAUUCAAUUAUGGAUCUUAUAUCAUUUACUAACACAUCAUCACGUCAAACAAAAGUUGGGUUUGACGUUUGCAUCCGAAUACCAUGUGCUUAACACAUGGAGGUCAAUGGAAUUCGGACAAAAGUCAUAUCAGUCACAUAAAAGAUUCUUAUAUCAUGUCAAGAACUAGUCGGUUUCCAAUAAUUGAAGUUGUUGGAAGAGUUCUAUAUGUUAACUAUGGAUUGUUUCCCAGAUCAAUAAGGUGGGCACACUAAUUAAUUGAUGACAAGUUGGUGGCUUGGUGGUUCGUGACAAGCAAGCCGCAUUGUGUAUAGGAAGGAACACAGGACAACAGAACAGAGAACUAAUUGAGUGUGACAAGCUAAGGAGUAUGCUAAUGCUGGUUCGAUUUGGAGGGCCAGAGGGGGAUGGGCGGGCAUUAUUUUCUGUGUAACUUGCUAGUUGGGUACGUAGUCCCUAAAUUCGAUUCCCAACUCCUCCAGAAAUAAAAAUCUAGAGAGUUGGGGCGUAUAUAGAUUUGGGUGGUAACGCAUGCAAUGCAUAAUCUGGGUAUCUUUAUGUUUGACAUAUCUAAAGGAAUAAACCAACAGAAAAAAAAAAGAGAUCAGAUCCCAGCCAUGCCAGCUGAUGAAGAUAGAUGUACUACAGAGUCAACUGUUCAUCAUCAGAAUUAAUUAAGUGUUCUUUUGUGUGCAAUCAGAACCAGAGAAUUGAUUGCUGGAUAGAAAAAGAGGCCCGAUCGACCAACGGGCAUAUACCCAACGAAAUCAUGGCGCCAAGUUGCUGAGAUACCCAGCCCAGUCGCAGUCCCCCCCAACAAUAAUUUGCAGAAAAGGAAAACCCUAGCUAGCUGGGUAGCAAUGCAACCUUCCUUCCUAAUGGGUACUUAUUAUUAUUUUGUAUUGAGAAAAACGUUCAUCGAUCUAGUUACGUUACGGUUUUGGUUGGCCAGCUAGCCAGGGCUCUAACUAAACUAGGAAGAGUCUGAGUCUGAUUCUUCCAUUCCAAAUGAGACGAGACGACAUGGAAGUAGGGAGGCAGACCUUAUCCGAUUGAUCCUGUUCCAUCCCAUGCAGAAAGAAAGGGUAGAGAGAGCCAAGAAAACGUGAAGGAAAGAAACAAAAGGCUAAAAAAGCUGACAAAAAAUGGAGGGAGGGAGGGUCAAAAGAAUAGGAUGGAUGGGUAUGGGCAGGCGGGAAAGGUAAAGGACGCGUGGCGGGAAGGGGAUGGAUGGAGGCCAAACUCUCCACUUGGUGGCAGCUCACAGCACCCAUCUGUCAAUUCUGACUGCGUAAACAUCACAUGGCCCUUCCCUUCCCUUCCCUUCCCCCACACUGCCACACACAAACACAAACAGAACAGACCACAUGAAAAAACUUGAUCAGUUCUCGUAAUUGUUGUUGUUAAGAGAGAAUGGAUUUACAAUCUAACUGUGCUUCUUUCUUCUUUGAUGGGAAUGGGAAUUGAGCAUGUGUUUUGGGAUGCUCUGUUUUUGGUUUAAGUUGCAGCCUGCAGGGGAAUCUAAGCCCGCCUUCCCAACUUUAUAUUUUUCAAACUGAAUCAACUAAAGCCAAGUCCGUUGAAAAGAAUACGGGGAGAGAGAAAAAAAAAGGAAAAGAAAAAGAAAAGGCAGGCAAAUUAAGGAAGAAAGGGCCUCUCGUUGGAAAGAGAAGGUGCCCUGUUUUUUUUAUUUUGCCGUUUCCUUUUCUUGCCUUUUUGGGGGUUAUAAAUAGCAGCCAAUUUGAUCAGUUUUACUCAUCCUCAACACCACACCCACAAAAACAUUCACAAGCUACCCCCAGAAAUUUCACGUGCUCUGCUAUCUCUCCAUCCAUAGCUACCAACCAACCCCUCUCUCUCUCUCUCUCUCUCUCUGCCUCUGUCAAAAAAAAAAAAAGCUUAGCAGCAGUAGCCAUCUUCUUCUUCUUGUGUUGGUUAUUAGCGGUUGUUUGUUAGCCAAAUCCUUAUCCUGUUGGUGUCGGUCGGUCAGAGUGGUCGUUGGUGAGGUUACUGUUAUAUAACUGUCCAUCAAACCACACUGAGAUAAGGGGGAAACCAAAAAAGAAAGAUACCUCCUUAUUACGUUCUUCUUGUUGCUAUAAACAAACCCAUAAAUUAAAAGCGCUAGCAUGGAAAGCAAGAAGCAAGUUGGCGGUGGCUCCUCUUCUUCUUCAUCUUCCUCUUCAUUGGAUCAUCUGUUCGGUCCCAAGGAUUCUUCUUCUUCUUCAUCAUCAUCUUCCUCCAGCUACUUCGGCUCCAUCUUCCCCCCUCCUUCCACGAUUAUGGGAAGGGACGGUCCUGCUGGUAGUAGAUACGCCGGAACCACUUCUCCUCCAGCUGAGAAUUACAACGCCCGUUAUGGAGGUGGGAAGGACCAAAACGGCGGUGGAAGUGGGACGGUGGAGCCGUCGUGCUACUUCAGCUCGUCGAUCUACUACGGCGGCCAGGAGAAUUACUCCUCUUCUUCCUCCACGCCUCCCCACGGCAGUUCCUCCGUCGACUCCGCCCGCCAUAACACUACUACUUACAAGAAAGACGGUGGAGGAGAUGACGACCCAAAUGGCAAUAACUCUGCUUCCAGAGGCAACUGGUGGCAAGGUUCCCUUUAUUACUAAUCGCUUGUGCUACUACCCCAUAACUCGGCACCUAUGAUCUUAAUCAAGGUACCAAUCAAGUCUACCGGAAUAAACGAACGAAGAUGAAGUGGUUGAUUUGAUAAUCGUAACUAUAUGUAUGGAGUCCGCUAGUGAAGAGUCAAUAUUAGAGACUAGAGAAGAGAAAGACAGAGACAAGUAGUGGAUCGAUCGGCUGUAUGCAUGAACGGAGAUCAACCAUCAUCAUCAUCAUCGUAGAUCGAUUCCUGUUGUAGUUUGUUGGGUUGUUUUUCUGUCCCACCAAAUUAGUUGUAGUAGUGUGUCUACUGUGUGUGUUCUUUUUUAGAAAGUUCUGUUGUGAAAUCUAAUGUACUAUAUCGAUCAAACAGUGACGAGGUUUGCCUUUACCGGUUUUAACUAACUUCACUUUAUGCUCGUCUCUUGUAAUUCCUGGCUCACUUUAUUGCAAUAGUAUCGCACUAUUGCACUACUGGUGCAUCAAUGUGCGUUCGAACGUUCUAGUUAAUUAAACGUUUACUUUCGC